AUUCAAGUCUGUCUCUCUACCAUGUUUUGGAAAGGAUUCAGCAAAAGCCUACAAACUUCACAACACACCAAUAAGCUCCUGUUUGAAUUAAAAGCUAUAUCUUGCCCUCUCUACAUCUCUCCUAACUGUUAUAGUUGCUUGAUUUGCAAAUACAAUGCAUGUACAGUCCGUUUGUUACUUUCUAAACCAAUGGCCAUCUUUAAAAAGAAUUCUGGCAAUGUGAUGCAGGAAAUUCAUCAUGUCAUUCCUACAGGGCCGAGGAAUGUUUAUCGAAAACCUGAAUCUGAUCUACAAAGCAGUAAGAAGAGGCUUGUAGAACUUGUUGAAGAGUCUGAUGCUUUAAAGAAGGGGCGAGAGGAAUCUGAUGAACAAGAGGAGGCACUAGAUGACCUUAAGGCUAUUGAACAAAAGUAUAAUGAGCUAAAGGGCAAGAUGGGACAGUAUGCAGACAAUGAUCCAGUUGCCUUUGAAGCAAUGAGUUAA